AUGAACAAAACACCGUUGCAUUCCGAUGUGGUCAAGCCCAAGGGUCCCCCCUCGGGACCCAAGCCGCAGUACCACAAAAAGAAGACCCCCAACAACACGGGACUCGGAAAGACUCUGAUGAACCGAAAGGCCAAGGAAGGACGAGUCUACGUGACCGAUUCUGGAGAGACCCGAUACACAACCGAGGAGAACAAGGAGGCCGGGUGGGUCAAGCUGCGAUCCGUCACCCAAGAGAAGGCUCUGGACGAGUUUCUGGCCACCGCCGAGCUGGCUGACACUGAUUUCACCGCUGAGCGACGAGCCCACACCACCAUUAUCAACACCCAUGACAACUCCAACCCUUACCUUUUGACCAAGGCUGAGGCCGAGAAGCUGCGUGAGAAGCAGCUGGAGAACGCCGGCAAGCUGACUGUUCCCCGACGACCUGUUUGGACUGAAGAUACCACCUCCACCCAGCUCGAUCGAGAGGAGAAGGAGGCGUUUCUGCGAUGGCGACGAAGUCUGGCGGAGCUGCAGGAGAACCAGGAUCUGCUUCUGACGCCAUUCGAGCGAAACAUUGAGGUGUGGCGCCAGCUGUGGCGAGUGUGCGAGCGAUCCGAUCUGGUUGUGCAGAUUGUCGAUGGGCGAAACCCUCUGCAGUUCCGAUCCGAGGAUCUGGAGUUGUAUGUCAAGGAGAUUGACCCCCGUAAGCGAAACCUGCUGCUGGUUAACAAGGCUGACCUGAUGACCGAGGAGCAGCGACAGAUCUGGGCCGACUAUUUCAAGAAACACGGAAUUCGAUACGCCUUCUUCUCUGCUGCCAAGGCCAAGGAGGAGCUGGAGGCUCUGGAGGCCCGAGAAGAGGCUCAGGCUACCAAGAAGCCCGCCAAGAAGCCCGUCAAGAAUGACGAUUCCGACGACGAGGUGUCGGCUCUCGAGCGAGAACUUGCACAGUUUGUCCCUAAGGAGGAGUCUGAGGAUGAGGAUGAGGAGGAAGACGAAGAAGACGAGGAAGACGACGUUGAGCCUUCUGUCACCGAGAUCCAGGAGGCCGUUCCUGCUAACGCCCAUGAGGAGGCCAAGGCUACCGACGAGUCCAAGCCUGACACAGAGAACAUGCACUAUUCCGUCAUGGCCACCCCCACAUCUAUCCUGUCUGUGGACCAGCUCGAGCAGCUGUUCCUCGCCGAGGCUCCUGCUCCCAUGCAGCCCGCUCCCGCUGGCCAGGAACCCCGCCUGAACAUUGGUCUGGUCGGUUACCCUAACGUUGGUAAGUCUUCUACCAUCAACGCCCUGGUGGGCUCCAACAAGGUGUCUGUUUCUGCCACCCCUGGAAAGACCAAGCACUUCCAAACUAUCCUGCUGUCACCCAAGGUGAUGCUGUGUGAUUGUCCCGGUCUGGUGUUCCCCAACUUCGGUAACACCAACGGAGAACUGGUGUGUAACGGUGUGCUUCCCAUCGACCAGCUGCGUGAGUUCACCGGUCCCGCGACCCUCGUGUCUCGACGAGUGCCCAAGUACUUCCUCGAGUCCGUCUACGGUAUCAAGAUCUACACUCGUCCGGUCGAUGAGGGCGGUCUCGGAUAUCCCACAGCCACAGAAUUCCUUGUGGCCUACGCCAAGGCACGAGGAUACAUGCGUGGAGCCUCUCAGGGUAAUCCCGACGAGUCGCGAGCUGCUCGAUACGUGCUCAAGGACUACGUUAACGGAAAGCUGCUCUACUGUCAUCCUCCUCCCGACUACAGAGAGGAUCUGGAUGACGAAGAUGCCGGUAUUCUCUUCAACAAGGGUCUGUACACCCUCAACCAGCUGCCUCCCUCGCGUCAGAAGCAGCUGCUUGAUGCUGCUGUUCACUCUGGCAUUGCUCGAGAGGAUUUUGACCUUGAGCGAGACAUUGACAAACUGUCUUUCUCCCAGCAUGCCACUGGAGCCGGUGGUUUCGGUGGUAAAGGAUUUUCUUCUCUCGGCGAGCAUCUGGACGCUGACUACUUUGGAAAGAACUCAUCAGGAGGCAACAUGAGCACCCCCUUCCACCAGCGAGGUGCUGCUCAGGGCACCAAGAAGCAUUUCAAGGGCAAGAAGGUCAAGGCCCGAAACGCCCGGUCCACCAACGACAACUACGGCGGAACCUACGGCGAUAUUAUUUAA